AUGGACAUUCGGAAGCGAGUGGCUGAGCUUCACUUUGAGCAAUUGCUGAAACGAGACAAGCCAGCUGCUCGGACAGAGUACGGUUGGCAGCAUAUCCUAGUGACAGCACAGGAUUCUCUUGUGGCAAGGCUGGAGACUUUGAAGACCCCCGAGGAAGUGUGGGCAUUUGCACAUCGCUGUUUGAGGGAUUCACAUUUGAAGGACGUUUUUCGUGAUUUUGCAGUGGACGACGUUUGUGACGUGGCUGUUCCCGAAGAGACAGUCCGGAGCGUGGUUUUUCCUGAGCAAGAGCACGAUCUGUUUGACAAGGAUCUUGAAGCCUUUCAGUUGUCAUUCAGCUCCAAUCAGCCCUCCGGAUCUUCAUUCAGGAGGUUGCAGGCUGCGUCCGAGCAGCCAAUUGAUCUGCUUGUGCCCGAGUCCAGCCGUGCAGUCAGCUUCACUCGACCUUUGAAGAGACUUGAUGAUGAGACAGAUGAGGAGUUGACUGGGCCAAGCGUCCCAGCGGCUCCCUCGAACCCUUUUGCCGCCGGCAGUCCUUCGAGUGCAGGCAGCAGCCUACUCUUCUACCUCACUAAGGUGUUGCCCAAGCCAGAACCCUUCCGUCCCUCCACUCGUGACGAGGAGUUUGCUCAGUGGCCUCAGUGGAGCUGGGCGUUCGAGCAAUACCUUUCAUGUUUGGAUCCCAGCUUCGACAAAGAGCUACAUGAGUAUGCACGCCAGUCCACGCCUGUUCUUCUUGAGUCUUUGAGUGAGCAAGCGAAGGCCCGUUCGAGGAUUGUGUAUGGCAUGCUGAAUGGCCUCCUCUAUGAAAGGGGUCGCCGCUUGUUGCGCUCUGUGCCAUCCCAGAAUGGCUUCGAAGCUUGGAGGUUGCUUUCAAAUGACCUGAUGCCCAAGACCAGGAAUCGUGUGCUUGCCCUUCUUCGGACCAUCAACAGCUGGCCUAGCUUUGAUGCCAAGCAGGGCAUUGCUCAGCAACUUUUGCGUCUUGAAGCAGCCUUUGAAGAGUAUGCACAGCUUGAAAGGGGUGGAUUGCCUGAAAACAACAAAAUGGCCACUCUCCUCAGCUGCUUGACAGGCCAACUUCGCCAGCAUGCCAAUGUGGUUAUCUCUGACGACAGCACCUACCGUGACCUGCGUGAGCUGGUGCUCAGGUGGGAUGGUGCUCAGACAAAGUGGCAAUCCAGUGUUGCCAGCAGCUAUGGGCUGUAUGAAGGCAAGAAGGGCCUUCAUGAUCCCGGCGAUGUUGUGCCAAUGGAGGUCGAUCGCGUUGCCAAAGGCGGUCGAGGCAAGUACAAGGGUGGUAAGGGUAAAGGAGAUAAGGGUGGUAAGGGCAAAGGCAAGGGUGAUAAGGGUGGUAGGACCGACAAAGGCAAGGGCAAAGGCGACAAAGGUGGCAAAGCCAAGGGCGACUCUCAGGCGCUGUGUGGGUGGUGCCACAAGCCUGGGCACUUCAAGCGUGAUUGCUACCAGUAUAAGGCCUUCCUUGAUGGUAAGACUAAGGGUGCCAGGCAAGUGCAGGCCUCCGCAGCCUCCGAUGCCGGCAGUUCCACCACUUUGCCCUCGUCCGCCAGUGCUCUUCAGGCCCAGCAAGGCAAGUCUGAUCAUCCUGCUGUGCGUCGUGUGACAGCAGAGCCUAUGAUGUUCGACAUGUCAGAUUUGGCUGACGUUCUUUCUCUUGAGCCCAAUGUCCGUAUGCUAACUGUGACUGCGCCACAGAGUUUUCGGAUGGAUUCCGGUGAUAGUAACGGUGAUUGGACCUUGCCUCCCCCAGAUUAUGCUGAGCUUGACCUUCAGUCCACCGUUGCUCCUCAGUUUGUCCGAACAGUUUCAAGCCCAAGCCACAGCGUGAUCAUUGACUCAGGUGCCGACAUCUCAUGCAUCCCCGCGUCCUUUCAAGCGUGCGGUCGCGCUGCCAGUGCGAGGCCGCUGCAGGUUUGCGAUGCCCAAGGAGGUGCGAUGCAUGUGCAAGCUGAGCGACUUGUAGAUUUCGUGCUGCAUGGGGGACCAAAGCCCGUGGUGAUCCGUGAGCGAUGCGUUGUCGCCAAUGUUACCCAGCCGCUCCUGAGUCUGGGCCGGCUGACACACAGGGGUUGGUGGCCCGUUUGCAAAGGUGAAACCGCUGGAUCAGGUGGCAUGGCUUUGGUCCAUCAUGCGACAGGCGCUGAAGUGCCUUUGCUGCUGAAAGGAUACUCGUGGGCGGUGGACGCACAGAUCCGCCGUGUUGAACAGGAGGGUGGCUCUCCUGAUUCCCCGCAGCAGCAUUCGCAGGUUGCCUCAAUCCAAGUGAAGCUUGAUCCUGACGCGCUUGAAGCCAUUGAGUAUGGCUGGCAUAUCGGUGCCACUGGCCACUUCGUGUGGCGGGGCCGCUCCAGUCGGUUCCUUGAUCCCAGCUUGAUCGCUCCCAUUGCUUGGCCAUAUCGCAGCACGCUUAUGCAGCGAAGCGGUACCUGGUUUCUGCUUGAGCAUUGUGUCCCGUGGACUCAGAUCCGCGAUGUGGAGGCGACGCUUCCCGGAGGACAGGUUGCUGAGGUCAUCACUUAUCUGCAUGUGAAAGUUGAGCCUGUGACUGAGAUCGGUGUGCAGCUACCUGAAGGCAUGCUUGAGCCCGAAGGUCUUCCAGAGCCCAACUUCUACAGCUUUUACCGCAAGCGUGAACAGGACCCGCCUGGUCCUGUUGAGCAAGACCGCGUCGUGCCUGAGGAAGUUGUCAUGCAAGGUUUGGAAGAUGUGUCUGGUGAAGCUGCUGGGCCGGUACACAGGCCAUUGCCCGAUCAGGUUGAGGUUGACGAAUCCGCUCCUGCCGGUGAGGUUGAGCCCGUGUCGCUUGAUGGCGUCGUGCUUUCGGAUGAUUCUAGCUUGGCGGUCUUGAAGACUGCAGCCGCCAAGUUGAACCUCAGCACUGCGGGGUCCAAGACCCGUCUUUUCACUCGCAUCAAGAACUACUUGGACAAGCAGCGGCUAGCCCUCGAGCUUGAGCUGGCCGCCGAUGCUCAGACAGUGGGGGAACGGCAGCCCAGGGUACAGCCUGUGCCCCGGGAACCGACGCCCCAGGAGCGUCUUCUCCACGAAUGCACUCAUGUCCCUUACCAAGCGUGGUGUGAGCAUUGCAUAGCCAUGCGUGCGGUCCCUGAUCGGAUGGAGUUCCUCAAGCAAGGCCCUCGGGAUGUCCCAGUUGUCCAGUUCGACUUUUGCUUCACGGGUUACACCGUAGAUAAGGGUAUGGUUAGCCUUGAUAGUGCGCCGGAGAAUGCACAGCAAGCCCUGAAAUGUCUUGUGUGCCACGACUCCGCCACUGGGAGUAUCGGGGCGAUUCCUUGUGAAGCCAAGGGUGACACUCGGUACCUUGGGAUAGAGCUCCAAAGGUUCAUUCAGGGUCUAGGCCACAGCACCAUCUGCUUGAAGUGUGACAACGAGCCGUCCACCCUGGCUUUGCAGAAGGCCAUUGUGGCUGCGCGGCAGCGUCUUGGCUUGCGAACCAUCACACAGAACCCUGCCAUCGGUGCCAAAGGUUCCCUAGGCUUCUGUGAGAAGGCCGUUGAUUCCGUGAGAAAGCUGGCUAACACUUUGCUUGAUCAAGCCCGGUCCAGAACAGGCCUUCCGUUGCCUGUGUCGCAUUGCUUGUUUGCGUGGGCUUUUGUGCACAGUGCUUGGCUGAUCAACCGCUAUCGCGUGAUCGGCAACAUGACUGCUUAUGAGAGAGCCACCGGCGCAAGUUACGGUGGCCGCAUUGCACCGUUCGCAGAGCCUGUGUACUGCCAAGUCGAAGCAAAGCAAAAGGGUGACAAGCGCUGGCUGUUGGGGAUACUUGUUGGAAAGUCUUCAUCCAAUGACAUGUAUGUGAUUGCUGGCAAAGAUGGCAUCCGCCUCUCCCGAUCCAUACGUCGUGUGGGUCGCCCUUGGAGCACUGAGGCCUUGCUCUACAAUGAGUUGAAGGGAUUUCCAUGGGACUAUGGGAGUGGGGUUGUCGGAACAAAGUUCGUUGCUAUGCCAAAGCAACGGCUGCCUGAUGUUGUGCCAGCACCUGCAGUGGAACCAGCAGAGCCUAGUGUCAUUCCUGCUGUUGCGCCAGCUGUGCUGUUGGGCGGGGACACCGAUGUCUCGGCUCCUGUGGAUCGCAGCUCCCGGCGUGUUCCUCCUCCUGAGAGUGCAAGAGUGAUUCCGAAUACAGCCGACAGCAGUAUGGCAGUGGAUGAGCCCGGUGCAAACCCUCCAAUGAGAGAGGGAGUCCCAAGCACCCCUGAGGCUAUGCUGCCUCCUUUGAAGAAGCUGUGCUUGCGAGCUGUGACGUUUGGAAGCCAAACCUACGAGGUCAAUGAUGAGAGUGAGUUCAACCUGGAUCAGCCCGAUGGCUGGGACACUGAGGCCAAUCUUUGGUCUAUGCCGUCCGAGAAGGACGAAAGUUUCACUGAUGAUGUGGUCGCCGCGCCUGGCGAGGAUGAUGAGCGACUGUGGUUUCCCGACAAUGGAAGGGAGCCUGAGCUCGACAGCGCCAUUUUGGCUGAGCUCGAUGAUUUGGCCGACAGUGUGGAGGUGGCUCGGCUUAUCAAGAAGUCUGUCUUGAGAGCAGCCACUCCAAAUGAAGACGUGAGCUUGAUGAAAGGCCUGACGACGAAAUUUGUUCGAACAUGGAGAUUCAAGAAACGAAAGGGGGUCGGUAUGUGGUACCGUCGCUCCCGCCUCUGCGCCCGGGAGUUCCGGUGGCUUGAUGACUCCAAAGAGGGGCUGUUCAGCCCCGCGACGAGCACCGACAUCGUCCGACUCCUCCCUGCCUUGUUCCUGACCUGGAAGAAGACUCGCCCUUCCGAACAGUUUGCGCUGGUGGCCCUGGACAUAAAGGAUGCGUACCUUGAAGUUCCCCAACCAGUCCCGGUUGUAUCCCGAAUCCAAGGCCAGGAUUUUGUGUUCCAGAAAAUGGUCCCAGGGCAACGUGAAGGGUCGCAGCAGUGGUUCAACUACUUUUACGAUUUCCUUGCAGAACACUUUGAAGUGGAGAAGUGCAAAGAGUGUCCUGCCGUGAUCCGUUUUAGCAGCAAGUCUACAAGUGUCCAUGCAAGUGAGAGCAAAGGUCCCGGCAUGAUACACGUUGAUGAUUCGCUGCUCCUGCUUCCGCUCGAUUGGGCCCGUGACUGUUUCAUUCCAACAGUGCAGCAGAGGUUCCAGAUCACAUAUGAGUUGGCGUAUGAAGUGGGCCAUUCGUUCAGUUUUCUUAAGCGGUUGCACACGCUGACAGAGCAUGGGAUCACGAUUCGGCAGCCAACUUCGUACAUCACACACAUGAAGGAGAUCAUGAAUGUCAAGGAGAAUGUACGCCAGCGUGAACCAUGUUGGUCUGAACUUCGUGCUAAAGACACAACCUGCGAGCUUGAUCAUGUUGAAGCAAGCAAAUUCCGGCAAGCUGUUGGCACCGCUCUUUACAUCUCAUGUGACCGGCCUGAUGUCGGCUACGCUGUCCGGAUGUUGGCCGCCUACAUGGCAAGGCCGACAGAACAUGCAAAGAUCGGGUUGACGAAGUUAAUCCAGUAUUUGGUGAACACUGCUCACUAUGGGAUAGCAAUGAAGGCUACAGCUCCUGGGUCCAAGAAACUGUUCGAGCAUGGUUCAGAGGAUGAUUCCGAGCGCUUUGUGUUGGAGGCAUUUUCGGACGCUGAUUGGUCGGGGUCGAAGAGGGACAGGAGGUCAUACGGAGGCGCUAGCUACUGCCUGAACGGGCAGUAUAUUCACUAUGUGUGCCGAUCGCAAAAGUGCAUCAGCUUGUCCUCCAUGGAAAGUGAAUACUACAGUGCCGUUGGCAGCUCCUGUCAGGGACUCUUCAUGAAGGCGGUGGUCGAGUUCAUGAGCCGCAGCCCUUGCGAUCUUAUCGUCUAUGUUGACAACCAGUCCUGCAAAGCGUUCUGUUUGCGUCAAGGGGUUACCAAGGCUUGCAAGCAUUUUGAAGGUCGAUUGCUUUGGUUGCAAGAUGCAGUGCAGCAGAAGCGCUUGAUCAUGAAGUAUGUUUCCACUCAUGCAAACCUUGGUGACAUUCAUACAAAGCCUCUCUCCCCAGCUCGGCUGCAGAGUUUGCUGUUCCUACAUGACUUUGUGGAUAUGCAUGACAGGCCAGUGGGAUCUGAAGAGUGGGACCGAACCAUGGCGACAGAGGGGAUGAAGGCCCAGGUCAAGCGUGUUCGGACAGUGGUAGGCGGCGAUGCGUCCAGCACAUGGGUGAAACGUGUUGCACUCCUUCUCAUGAUGAUGCCAAUUCCUUCGGAAGCUGUUACGUCUGCUUACAGUCCUCGGUCGUGGAUGUGCAGCUUUGUUCUUUUCUUGGUAUGCCUUGCAUUUUGCAUUGGCAGUGGUACAGAGUCUGAUGAUCAUGAUGGGUGGAUGCUUGUUCCACAGCACGACAGGCUGUUGUACUGUCGUGAGACACUUUAUGCCAUUGCGGGCAUGAUCUUGAGCUACGUAUCUUGGAGCCUUGGGUCACAGGGCUAUGGUGCGGGAGUGGAGGCUGAGAUGAACUCCACGACUCAGACCACCACUGCAGGUGGUGGGGACACAGCUGUGAUGCCGACCGUCAUCGGUGCGAUGCUGGUCAUGACAAUUCUUGGUGGUAUUCUUGUGAUGCUGACCAUGCGGGUCAAGAAGCUUGAAGCCCUACUGGCCGAUGCCCAGCAGGCGACAGCAGAUGCUUCAUCACGUGUCAGUCGUGAUCUUGCAAGACAGUUGGAGCAGGCGCGGCGCCAGAACCGUGCCCUGGAGACAGAGCUCAUUCGGGCUCGCGAGCGUGCAGGGCCACCUGCACAAGUGGUGAUCACAGGCCGAGGCCGAUGUUUCCAUCACGAGAAUUGCCACGUACAUCAGAACAAUCCGAACAAAGUGCUGACUCCUUGCAGCUACUGUCAGCAUAUGUUCUUUGAGUGA